AUGGUAGGACAAACAUUUGGAACAUACACAAACAUCUCCUCGAUUUCGUGCAGAGUUGUUAUGUACCGUGCUGUGGAGAAGCAGUAAUGGUAUAAAUGCUGAUGCUCUUGCGUGUGUGAAGUAUCCAAUGCAUGGUUUCUUCAUCCAGCAAUGUCAUCUGAAAAUCAAGCUGCAGGUCAGCAUUGGAGGCCUCUGCAGUCAACACAAAGUGGUGGCCCUUCAUCUGCGCCCGGCAACUCCUUUGGAUGGAAUAACCAAAUGAGAGGUGGCCGUGGACCUGGACCUGGCAGCUGGCAGCGUUUUGCAGGGCCUUCAUAUCAAUUUCCGUUUCGUGGUCAUGCUCGACGUGGUCCCGGCCCCGGGAGACCGCCAAAACGGAGACCGCCCCAGUUCUUCAGACCACCCCAAAGCAUGUGGGCCCAGCAAAUACCUUUUAGGCCGCCUUUCCCAGGGAUUCAGUCACACAUUGAUUUUACUUCUGAUUCCAUGUGUGAUGAUUCAGGUUCAUUUAUGCCUGACAAGCCUCCCAACUGGCAACUGAGACCGCCACAGCCACCACAGAAUCAUCCACCUCAUCAGUCACUGGAUGCGCCGUUCUACCGGCGAGAAAAACAGGUGCCCACUACAAGCAACACCAACUCCAAGAAGAAGAAGAAGAAAUUAUCAACUCCACCAAAAAAAGCAUCAAGUGCAAUCUUAAUCAGGGCCUCCGAACGUCAGAAAGCAAGACAUCAGGCCGCUGUCAGGGUGCAAGCAGCACCAAAGGCGUCUCCAGGAAAUUCCGCAAAGAAAAAUGGGAAAACACCUGCCACCAAGAAGACAAAGAAGGCGCCUGUUAAGUCUGCAGAGCAAGUGGCAGAGGAGACCAGACUGAAGGCCAUGAAGACUACUGCCAACAAGAUCAAGACGCUGCUGAAGAAGCCCAAGCCGGCAGCGGCUGCAGCCGGCCCUUCCAGCGCCUGGCUGAACGCUCCCGAACAGGAGUCUGCCGCCGGCGCGUCCGGCCCACGAUUGUCGCGAAACCUGCUCGGCGAGCUGGAGUUCUCAUCGACUGACUGGCAGGCGAUCGGAUCGGGCGGCCUGGGCGCCAGGGGCGCGGCAGAAGAGGGUGAGGACAGAGAGACGGAAGACGAUGAUCAGGUGGAGAUCAUCGAACAGGAGGUGCGGGAGCCGGAGGUCAUCUCCAUCGCCGGCGAGGAAGAGAGCGAUGAAGAAGAGGAGGAUGAUGGAAAGCAAGAUGAUGAAGUCGUUGACGAACUGGUUGACGCGGAACAGCCGCGAGAGGAAUCUGGUUCAGCAGCGAGCUCAGACGAUAUUCCAUCUGAAAUUCAAACGAGGGAUGGUCCUUGUGCUGACCAAGCAGAAGACGUGGACUCGUGUAAGGCCUCUGAUGCUCUCUCCGCGCCUGGUGGCGAUCCUUUGGUGAUGCCUUUGGCGAGCGAUGCGGGUGCGCUGUCCGCAGCGACGGCGGUGGACUGCGCUCCGAGGGCCUCAUCCGACACCUGCGACGGCGCGGCUCAAUCGUCAGCAGUCACCGUCAGUAAUGAAUUAGACGAGUUUGAUGCGGCGGAUGUCACCAUGACGGGCCGGAGCGGCGGCCGGCGGCCGGCAGAUCGGCUCAAACACACCAGCUCUGUACCGUCUCCGGCCGUUCCGGCUCUGGACGGAGGCGAGUCGGAUAGCUCGGGGCCCGCCCCCUCGCCUCUGCGACUUCCUCGGUUAGAAGAGUCACCGACGCGUGCUCCCGAGGCGGAUGUGCCCAGCGGCUCAGCGUCGGCCGCCCCUCGCACGGCUUCCCCACUGUCCAGGUCGUCGCCACGGCUGAGCAUAAAGCGCAGACGAUAUCAGGGCUCUGUGAGGAGAGGCAGAGGUGGUGUCUUAGCGACACAGCGUGGAGGGGCAUCGGCGCUGCUAUCUGCUGCCGAGUGUGUAACGUCGGCAGAAUUUCAGCCAGUGGUGAGGAUCAAACGCGAGCCAGGGCUGGAUGGUGACGCGAUCUCCGGAGCGCGCGGUGCUCUCACGUCGUCCUCUGAGACCGCCACUCCGUCUCGCAACUCGCCAGCCGAGUCGAGGGCCGAGUCCCCCACUGUCGUGGGUGUUCUGUGGACGGAGCAGCCAGCCAGCGGAACGCGCACUCCGCCUCCACAGCCGGCCACCAGAGCACCCACCCCGCCUCCGCAGCCGCCUGUCCAGCCCUCGCCCGUUCGGCGGCCCAGAAAACCACGAUCUAAACCGAAAGCUACCCCGCCCUCCAAGAAGACCACCCUUCCUGCCGCCCAACCGGCUCCCAAGGAGCCAGCGAGCAGGACCUCAGAGAUGCCAGUCAGUCAGCCCAUCGUGGUGGCUUCCGAACCUGAUAAAGAUGCCGUCGUUUUCAUCUCUCCUAGCGCCGACAUGUCGUCAGCAGCGACAGUAUCAUCACCGGCUCAUGGCCGCAAACGGCGGGUUUCCGACACGCAGACCUCUCCGAACAGCCAGUGGCGUCUCCCGGUCCCCAGCAAGCGGGUGCGGUCCAACUCUGAAUGCUCGGCGCUGGAGGAGCCAGUUUCCUCCCGUCCGCGGCCGGCGCCGACCUCGGGUGCGACCAGUACGCUGAUCCGCCGACUAAUGCGGAUGGGGAAAGAGUCUCUGCGCACUGCGGUGGACGACCCGACCCUGUUACGCUCUCGUCACCUGAUUUCCGAGCUGAUGCGGACUCACCGCGGGCAGCAGGCGCGGCGGAUGGAACAGGAACGGUUUGCUGUCGGUGGUAGCGGAGGCGGUGGAUCGCCCGCCCGGAGAGAUACGGAGGAAACUCUCCCGGCGGAGGUGCUGUCGGACAUACAGAAAAUCCUGGAGAAGGGCGCCCCCGGGGAGGACAGUGGGCCGUUACUCACGUCCAGUCCCGUGCCGACUGGCCUGCUGUCCGCCGAGCGGCUGGGUGUCGCCAAGCGAGCCACGGGACGGGAGCCAGUGUCGACCGCGACAUCAACUCAGCCGAACCCUACCUUCACCGCUAGCUCAGUAGCUCCGCUGGGCGGCAGUGGACGGGGUCGGGUCGCUCAGUCCGUCGCGGCAGCGUUCGCACGUCGCGCCAGUGAGGCUCAGAAGGAGAAGGCGGCGACAGAAGGUCUGUCGAGACCUGAUGAGUCACCUGUAAGGAUACGCCCAUCCACAGCGGCUGCGGCAGCGCCGGCGCGAUCGAGCCCCGUGAGACAGUCGAGUCCUGAUGUGGUGGCGGUCUGGGGAGGUUCUCGGACCAGAGCGGACUCUGAUCCGGAUAUCGCGGAGGUGGUGACGGUAUCCAGACCUUCCGCCACCAGCACGGCGACUACCAGCGAGGACCGCAGUCGGUUCGCGGCGCUCAACGGCAGCGCGCGGUUCUCGUGUCUGGACGGCAGCUCGAGUCGGCCCGGCUCAGCAGUCAGUGCCAGCGUCCAGGGCCGAGCCCGAUCCCCUCCCAGAGUGGUGGUCUCAGCGGCAGCGGCGGGCGCACAGCGCGGCAAGGCUCCGCUGCCGGCCGCCGAGCCAUUCUCCGGUCCUCCGCCGUCUCUGGAGCCGCGCAGUAUUCGUCCGAACGUCGGCGGCGGGCGGCCCGCCGGAGGAGGCCGAAAGCCUUGGGAGUGUCGCUCGUGCUUCUCGCAGAGCUGGACCAAUACGUGUCGCAUCUUCAACCGGCAUACCACCGUCAUUGAGAAGGACGUGUACCGCCUGGCCGACGAGCUGUCGUCCCGUGAGCCGGCCUGGGAUAACAUGCUGCACCUGUCGCUGGUGGAGAACCAGCUGCUGGGGCAGGUGGAGGAGAUGGAGGAGCAGAUCCUCGCUCUGCAGACCGAGAUGCGACGUCUGCGCCAGAUUGCCCGCCACAUGCGCGACGUUCGCCUCAAAUGUAUGAGCUCCGGCCGUGACGUACAGCCGGGCCAGUUCGGCCUGCCUCCUGAGGUACAGCAACUGCUGCGGCGACUGGCCGAGCAUGCCCCAGGCGCUGCCGAAGGACCGGCGGACGGCGGUCAGGGUGAUGGGCCCGGCAGAGGGACGGGGGAGGGGGAAGGAGAGAGUAGAGAGGAGUUGGAGCGCAGACCAGAAUCGGGCGACGCGGCGAGGACGACAGAUGGUGGUCCUUGUGAUCGUGUUGGAGGGGAGGAUAGUUGUAAUUCGGCUGGGAACGUCGCCUCUGCUGCAGCCGCCGCAGCUCCUACCGCGUCCUCCGCCACAGAAGUGCCACCGCUCCCCGGCGGUGUGCGCGUGAAACAGGAGCCGUCGGAGCCGGCUCCGUCGGAUCCCUCCCCGGCGACUGCUCCCACCGAGACGGAGCCACCCUCCUCACCCCCUCGAUCGUCCCCGCCGCCGUCUGUUCCACCGACUGCCGCCGUGAAACCGGACCCGGCGGCAGCCGGAGACGAUGGUAUGGAGGUAGAUGAGGACGAGGUCAGUCUGGCACGCGCCAUCGUUCGAGUGAGGAACGAAUCCGAGCUGAACGAAAUGGCUGCUGCGCUUCUCUCGGCUCCUCUUGAUCAGGAUGAGCCGGAGGAUCCUCCGGUGAGUGAGAGACAGACUAGUCAGGAGAGUUACAACUGUCCACCACCGGCUAGCGCUGAAACUGGCGGGCCGGCGGCUAUGUCCUACCUGGGACAAAUUGACAGCAGCAGUGAGCUAUACAAGUCGCUACUGGAGCUGGCGAAACAUAACGGUAACACGGUGAUGCUGCGAGUGACUCCAGAGGGGACAGCCGUGCCGGCGGGAGAGGGAGAGCGGAGGGAGGAGGAGGGAGAGAGGGAUGGAGAAGAGCCGAGGAUGAGCGUAGCAGAGAUGGCGGCUGUGAAGAUGGAGGUGGGAGAGUAUGGGGUUGAGACGGCGGAGAGAGGAGAGACGACAGAAGAAAGAGAAACGAACGAGAGAGGAGAGACGUCUGGUGGUAGAGGGACGGAGAAGGAUGGAGAGACGACGAAGAGGAGGAAGGGGAGGGAGAAUACGACAGAGCGAAAAAAUACGAGCAAGAGGAAAGAUACUUCGAAGGGAAGAAAGACAACGAACGGCAGAGAGACGACAGAUAGAAGAAAAACGGCAGAUAAUACGGGCAUGAUUGAAACAACUGACGAAGCUGUAAGAAUUGGUGAAGUACAAUCUGUUAGUGAGACUAGAGAGACAGAAAGGACUGAGAAAGCUAAAGGAGACCCAUGGAAGGACUCUGAUACGGUAGUAACAUUCAGGGAGAAUCAAGGACAAAAUGAAGCAGGAAGUAAAAGGAAAAACGAAGAUGAAAGCAAUCAGACAACGGACAAGUGUCAUGACAAAGAGGAAUCUCACAAAGAUGACACAAGCAAUCCCAGCAGUUAUCACAUCCAUAAGAGUAAAAAGAAGAAGAAGAAGCACAAAAAGCACCGACACGCUGAGGGUGAUUCCUCCAGCAGCGCCCCAUCGGGUGGUUCCACUCCCCACGACCGACGCAGGGCCGUCUCGGUGGAGAUCACGGCGGACGUGCGCCGUGCUCCGUCCUCUGGAGGGGAUGACGGCAGGAGGGCGGUCUCUGAGUGCGGCGAGGGCGCUCCGCCGCCGCCGGGACACUGCGGCCAGAGGACGAUCUCCCAGGAGGAGGGCGCAGAGCUGCCGCCUGAGGCGGACAUUGUGGCCACGCGCACCCGGCUGGAUGACCUCGGAGUGCCCAUUGUCAGCGUUCAGCUGCACGCCUCUUACGUGUUCGUGCUGACUUCGGCGAUGGUUCUGCACCGGUACACGCUGCCAGCCAGCUUUGUGCGCAGCCAGUGUUCGACGCAGGUGGUCUGUGACACAAUCUCGCUCUGGUCGGCUCCGUCGUCGCUACCUCGCCCUCGGCCCACCUGUAUGGCGGUUAAGAAGAUCAGCAAGCACGUCUCGGUUCUUAUCGGAGACGAUACGGGCUCUCUUACUAUCCUAGCGCAGGUUAAGCCGGACCCGCCGCCGCCGCCGCCCGCUCUGCCCGGCUCGGAGAGCUCAGAUGCCGCGGCGAAUACGUCGACAUUCGAGAGCCACUCGGUGCGCCGCGUGCACGUGGGGAGUACCAUUAGCUGCCUGUCGCACAAGGCCAACCGGCUCUAUAUCGGUGGAGACGCCUUCUUCGCUGUGGUCAAUGCUGAGCGUCUGUUGGCGCUGAAGACCCUACCCGAGGAGGAGGGCCGGCCGCUGCCGCUGCGGUUCUGGCCGCCCGGCGACGUGCUGCUCAGCUGGCACCCCGUCCAGGGGGACGUGGGCUGUGUGAGACCGUUCCACCUGGAGGGCUCGUGCCGCGUGGCGCUCACCAUCCGCGGCAGGUGCCUCCAGGUCCGGGACGGGCUGGACGGCGAGCUCCUGUCGACGGUGGGGUCUCAGGUGGCCGACCAGGGCUGUCAUCUGGCCGUGCGAUGGGGCCACGCGCUGCACACCCUCCGGCCCGGGGCGCCGGCCGUCUCCACAAGACCCUCCUGCUGCCUCAGCGUUGUCGAUCUCGAGAAAUGCGCGGCUGUCGGCGCCGGCUACUGUCUGAAGCAGGCCAUCACUGCCCUGGACGCCGACGGUGACCACCUGUACGUGGGACAUCAGGACGGCUCACUGCGAGUGAUGAUUUGUGCCGAAAAGACGGACGAGCCGCUGGGCGGCGAGUCGGGCCGGCUGCGAUUGCGCUCGGUGCGGCAGCUGCGCGGCCAGGGCAGCUCUCCUCUGCAGACGGUGGCCGCGCGAGCCGACAAGGUGAUCACUGGCUCCUCUACUGGUCUGGUUGAGAUGUUUGUGGUGCGCUCCAGCUGAGCAGGCGGCGACCCGCGGUACGUCUCUCGCCUCCUGCUAUUGGCAGAUGGGGGCGUUCGGGGAACGGGGAGGAGGGGCGGGGCGUUGCUUUGGGCGACGGCGCGGCGGCGAUGCGGGAAUACUCGUGAUGCUCUGAUCGUGCCUCGAUGAGGGCGAGGGGGGUAAGUGAUGAAGGUGCGCUGUAACUUGUGCUGUGGCAUCAGCAGUGGCAGUUCGUGGCAUCUGCUGCAUUCCGGGCUGUGUUGUGUCGGUCCUUGGCAGGGUUUGCACGGGGCAAGUUACCAAGAUCAGCGGCGCGAUUGAGGCCUUCAGCACGCUUCCCGUCUGACGACAAUAUGUUAUUUGAUGUUUGCGGCUGUGCGCAUUUGCAAGUCUAAAAUAUUGCAUUAGACGCAAAUGUGAGAUUUGGUUCGCGUGUAAGCCGGGGAAGUGAAAUGAUUCCUAAAGCACCACUGAUGCUCACGUGCUUACAAUUUUUGUGUGUGCAAGUUUCGUAACCAGCCGUAUACCGUACAAAGUGUGUGUGUGUGUGUGUGUGUGUGGGAGCCUGACGCGAGCGGCUCGGGCGAGCGGGAGGACCUCGCCGCAGUUUCUGGUCUUUCCUCGGCCGUCAGUCGUUGACGCUCCGGGUAAGUAUGAUUAAAGUGCUGCCGGCGCGACGUGCGGGGCGUGACAGCGAGGGAUGACAUGGGUCUCAGGUGAUACUGCGGACAGGUGUCUCCGCGGCGAGUAUGAGAGGUUGGCUACCUCCAACAGGGUCCCAGCAACAGGCCAGCGACCCGUGCCUGUGCCGACGGGUCUCACUGCUUGGUAGUGUGAUAACGGCGUUAAAUAAACGACGAUAUUGUGACAA